UGACUGGCAGAUUAAUCUCAGCCUAAUACACAUCACAGCUUUAUUAAGGAGCGCGGGAAUUCUCCCGAGUGCAUUCAGUGGCAGGAUCAAGGCCUGACAUUGCACACUGUACAAGGUGCUGCAGUGCUGCCUGCAUGCCUUCCUUACAGCUGGAUCGCAUCCCCCAGUCCCAGCUGUGCUCCACUUGGACAUAUGCAGGAUUAGGGGUGAUGCUGCUGGAGAGGGAGCAAGGAAAUGCAAAGCUUGCUACAGGGGCAGUGUGUCCAUGGCAAAUCCCAAGCAAAGAAAUCACAGACAGAUGGCAGUAGGCUCAGAAAUACUUCUAAUUAACAUCAGGAAACACCAGAGAUGUCCUCAUUGAGCAAACAAGUCUUAGGCACCCAGGAGAGUGAGCAUGAAAAUUGCAUUAGAAAAAAUAGGCUAAUAUAUUCAAGGCUAAGGCUGAACUGCUGCACCCAAGACUUCGUAUAAUUAAUUGUGAGGUGCUACAAGCCCAGAAGGAUCCCACCAUUGCUGAUGUAUCGAGGUAUCCUAAACUAUUCAUAUCAGAACAGCCUGAGGGUGCAUGAGGAAAAAAAUCCAGUAGUAUUCAUGCAUAGAAUACUCAUGUCAGGCUUGCGAAGCCUGGGCACCGCAGUGAUGUGUGCCACCAAAAGCACAGCAGAGUUGUGUGUGGUUGCCCUGCUCCUGUAAAGUGGGUGGAUCUGAGAGGCUGUGAGCCCACGUGGAUGCUGCAGGCGUCCAGGUUCUGGCGACCCUGCAGCCACACGGCCUUGGACUUUGGUGUUGUAGUGGGGCAAGGACCCGAGCCCUGAGCCCCAGGCACGUCCCUUCUGCCAGCACCGUGUGUGGGGCUGCCAGGGGGCGGAGGUGGCCUCAGGUCUGCUGAGGGUGGGCUGCUCUCAGGAGCGAUACUGACGCAGUUGGUGUUGCAACUUUGCCCGUAUCUUUGCGCAAAGAGCGUGGCCACCCCAAAUCCCUCUGUGAGCCCCCUCCUACCCUUCUAAAUCUGCUCAAUCUCAGCCUACGUGAGCCUCUUUUGCAAGGCACCUUUGCAGCGAAGUGGAUGGGGCAGCUGUGCACCAACCAGCUGUGCUGAGCAGAGCUCCGUCCUGCCGAAACACCACCUCACCUCGGGUAAAGGCUUUAUGGAAACGGUCCCGUGCUUUUCCAUGGUAACCGUGCCGAUCUGUUCCAGCUCGCAGCCUUGAUCCUCUCCUGGCAGGGCUGGCUCGGCCCUGCUGAAGUCAGCCCGGAGCCGUGCUGACACGAGCAAAGCUCUGAGGAUCUCACUGCACGCUUGUUUGCAGACCAAUUGGCACCUGGAAUGAGCAACGUUGCUCACGGCUCAGCCUUCCCUGCAUCAUUUGGGGGGACUGACUUCUGGGCUGAUGUGCCCCCAGCCCUGGUGUGCUCCCCGACCAGAAGAAGGGGAUGGUGGCUGCCCACGGGGCAGUGCUCAACCCUAUCCCAAAGCCAGCAUCCCUCCCAGUGCACACGCGUGUACAGGGACAGCUCCGGCAAUCUGCAAAUAAACGCUCAGGGUGACAGAGUGUGUCGAUGCCCCCACACCAUUAACCUUCUCAACACAUCACUGCCCAGCUGUAAAACCAGCCGUGCCUCUCUACUCAUCACGCUGGGGACGGGAGCAGCAAGGAGCCAUCCCUGCGCUGGGGACAGCGUCGCAUUGCUGGUUUGAUAGCGCCAUCUGGUGAGGUGACCUCGCUGCUGGGGACCGGCUCCAGAAAGAUGGCUCGACCCGCUUCUCUUCCCCGAGGGCACCAGGAUUCCACGGGCUGGUCCCCACCAAAGCAAGCUCAGACCUGCCGCAGGCAACCUGGGCUGGGGCACCAGUGGCCUCAACACAGUUAAGACCAGCCUUUCUCUGCUCUCCUGCUCAGUUAACGUGAUGCUAGAGCUGUCAGGGUUUCCCCUCCACCACCUGCUACUUCCAACCCAGGCUGCAUUUGAUUUGGCAUUUCUUUCCUCCUCUUCCCAGGAGGUCUCCAAAGGUGGGCAUCAGUCCCAACUGGGAGCCAAGGGUUGCUCUGUUGAGGCGAACCGUAGCGGAGUCUCCCAUGAGACAUCAGUUGCCACCUGCACGAAUGCCCUGACACCAAACAUGGCACCAAGGUGCUACCGAGAGCCUGGUUUGAAGGCAAGAAGCUGACCCGAGUGGGGAGAUGGGAAGGUCUUCAUUUCAGGACUGCCCAAAGGACUGGCAAAGCUGGAGCUACAGGAAAGUGCGGAGAACACUGCAGCCCCCAAGAAUCCUCUGUGUCCCUGGAGAUCAGGGCUGGGACAAUUGUGUCACAAGCAGCACAGUGAUCUAGAACACAUCCUCAGGACACAGCAACACGAUGGCCACCAGUGAGUGAACUUUGCUAGAGCAAAGCACACUCUGAAGAGGAAAAACAGCAUUAGAUCCUCCCUAUGGCACAGCCAUGCCUUGAUGCUGGUGGGCAUUUCCAAGGGCUUCCAACAUCAGCAGCAACUAUAGCCUCCACGGACAUAGAGCUGCUGCUGAGAGAUGAAGUUUUUGUUGACUUCUUCAACACGUUUCUGAACCUUCCUGUUUUUGGCCAGACACCCAUUUACAGCAGCAGCACGGGGCAAUGGGACCUCUGGCCAGAGCUGCCGAGCCACCUGGAUCCCAGUCCCCCAGCUCUGCUGGCCUGGCUGGGAAAACACCGGCUGCCUCACUUCUGCAAAUCCAGCCUGUGCCUCCUCCUCGUCCUCUGCCAGAAGCUCCUGGGUUUCAUUCGCUCAGAGGAAGCAGCAAGGUUGCUGAACUGGCAGAGCGCGGACCAGUGGCUGCUGGAGAAAUGCAUCAGUGGGAGCCAGGGCAUGUGGCGCUUCCGAGCCUUCACCCAAGGAAUGGCAGGGGAAGAACUGACAGACUUCUGGCUCAUCACCGAGAGGCUGCUGGGGCUUGAUGAGUCAGAUGCAAUGCAGAAGGACCUCUAUCUGUCCUUGGUCCAAAGGCUGAAGGUCACCCACCUGCGUGAAGGUUCCAGCGUCCUUACCCUCUGCGGCACCACUGCCCGCUCAUCGCGGACACACGUUGAGUCUGUAGGCACCCGGAGGGAGAUCCUGAGCAAAAUGCAGCAACGGGCCCUGUUUAUCCUUCAGAGUUACUGGCUCCCUAAAUUCUUCAUCCAGUGCAAGAUGAACAUGGAGGAGAAAAAAUCCUGCUGGCCUCUGCUGCAGGAAUAUCGGGAGCGGUUGGCACAGGGCCAUUUGCAGGAGCCCUCAGGCAUUUCAGAUGGCGUUUCCCCAAUGAGAAUUAAUAGGAGCCAGGAUUCACCAGAGCCCUACUGCAGCAGGAAGGCCAAAGAAAAGAUCUGGGCUCUUAUCAAGGAGGGAAGAGACACCCAAGAAAUGAAGAUGCAACCAGAAAGGCAGGCAGAGCCAGCCGGGACCACGAAGAGAUUGCAGCAGGGUAAAGGUAGUUUGGGACGGAUUCGUCAGCAGCCAGAGCGUCCUGCAAAUACUGCCAUGGGAAGCCAAGGAGGAGCAAAAAGACCUAAGCCCAAAGAAAAACAGGUUCUCCAGCUGGAAGACCUACGUGAAGAGAAGGCCCCCUUCAGCCUACGUUCCUCUACGCCCCUGGCCAAGAUGCCGUCCGCCAAAAGGCCAGCCAAGACCGUACGCUACCUCCCCUGGGCCCUCAGUGCUGACAGCUAUGCAGGACGGCCCUUCAGGACCUUCUUGCUCUGCCAGGACUGCACUGCUGAAGCUCGUCUCCUGGACCUAUGGCACGACCUGGAGGAAUUCCUGCCUGUGGUGCUGGACCACAGCAGAGAAAACAGCUUCUCCCUGCGCCAUUUCCUCACGGAGAAGAUCUGUGAGUCCUAUCUGGUGGAAAACAGCAUCCAGCAGCUUCCCAUGGAGACAAUGAUCCUCCAAGGCCUGCAGGACCACCUGGCUUCUGCAGAAUUCACCCCCUGGAUAUACAGGACUCAAAAAGAGAUUUGCAAGGUCCUCUGCACCUACUAUGAGAAAUUUCUGGCUCAUGAUGACGAGACGUUCCUCCAGUUCAUGUCUUCACAGAGUGAUGUCCCAGUGCCCAAGGUACAAGGACAAGAUCUUGGGAAAGACAAAUAUUUCCUUCUGUCCGAGCGGAUAAAUGAGUCCUUGAAGCUGAGCCAGGCCUUGCAUGACACAAGGAACUUGGAAGGCCUCUCCCCUGAGCGCUGGCGAUCCUUUGGUACUCAAGACCUCCAGAAAAGGGGCAUGCUCCAAGUAGAGGUGGAACCUCUUGUAAGCAAAACUGAUGCAGAUUCCCAGAAGAUGACAUCAAAAGAGUUGGCUGUUCAGAAAGAAUCGCUGUCUGUGGAUAGCUGCAGCAAGGAUAAGGAGGUUUUGUCUCCCAAAAGCCCACCACUUGCUGCUGAGCCUGAGAAGAAAAAGAAGAGGGCUGCUCCUAGGAGAAAAACCAAAUCAAGUGCCAAGAAGGACACCACUGUUGCAGUAGAGAAGCCAACGAGAAGACCCAGGCACUUUGUGAAGGUUCUGCACAGCCCUGCCCACCUGCAGUACUUCAAGCAGUUCCUCGAGGAGCGCAAUGCUGCUGAACCACUGCGCUUCUGGAUGGCCAUGGAGAAGUUAGCUGCAGAGACCAACACCAAGACAAAGAACCUCCUCGUUAACAGCAUUGUCAGAAAUUAUUUCCAUGGUGAAAUCCCAGCUGAGGAACAGCUGGAGUGCAGCUCUUCUAUCAUCAAGGAAAUAAGUGAGGCUGAAACAGUCACUCCCUUCAUGUUGAUGACAGCACAGAUCUUCGUCCAGAAGGCAAUGGAAAAACGAUGGUUUAAAGAGUACCAGGACCUCUUUCCCCCCAGUGACACAAGCAAGUCCAACCUUUGUUUGCGACACAAGAUGGGGAACUUCAAGACAGACAACCUGCGAUGGGCAUGGUUUGCCAUUCAGAACAUUGUCAGGAGCAUCUGCAAGUUCCAUCGGGAGAUGAACAACAACAAGUGCCGUGUGGAGUUUGAGGACUUUCUCCGGAAGGAAGUAGAAAACGAGGAGGAAAACCUGCCCAUGACCUCGACGCAGAGCAACAACACCUUGCGUUCCCAUGCAUCCUCUGCCAGGUCCCCGAGGGACAAGGAUGUGGUGCUGGUGAAACGACAGAUGUUUAACAACCAGCUCAUCACUGUCAACUUCCUCGUUGACGACCUCCACUUUUACCUGGAGAUCAACAAGUUUUCCAAGCUGGCUGAUUCAGCUGAAGCGUUGGCAGCCCGCAACGUGUGCACCAAAAAUGAAGUUGACUUUCUCAAAAGGAAAGCUGCCAUCAUCAGCAAGCUCUUCCUGAGCUCUGAUAUUCCCCCCAGACUGCGGGUGAACAUCUCUGAAGAUGAGAGAGAUUUAAUCUGGAGUUUGUCUUCCAAGGGGCUACUGAACCGGCUCCUCUACCACAGAGCCAAGGUGGCCAUUUUCCCCAUCCUGAUCUACUUCUGGAAGAGGUUCUGCAACUGGAAGGUGAUGAAGAGCUUCCGAGUCUACUCAAUGGAAAGGGAACCAACCUCGUUGACCAGUAUUAAAAAAGCCUGUUCUGAAUCAUCUGAGAUCUACAGCCCAAGCAAUCACGUCGUCAUUCUGUUCUCGCUCCUGAGAGGUAUCCAGGUCCUGCUGCCCCGGUCUCAUAAGAAGGAGGAGUUAGAGGAGGAGCACGAGGGGUCAGAAAGUGCUGAGACGUCAUCCAGCAGGUCCACCUCUGAGCCUUCAGAGCAGGAUGAGGAAGAGGAGGAAGAAGAAGAAGAAACGGAAGGAGAGAUAUCCCAGCACAACAGCCAUGGGGACAUGCUCCAAGGAAGCUGAGCAGUCAGGACAUGCUGCAUUGGCUGUGCUUAAUUUGCAGCAAGGCUGAAAAAUAAAGCAACUCACAGCAUCCUUCAGCCUCGUGCUAACACAGCACCUU